CCUUCUCUUUUUUCUUUUUUCUUUUUUGAAUUUGCAUUUUAUUUAUUUGUUAACAUUCUUAUAUUACAUCAGUAAACAUUGUCAUAUUACAUUACAGGACUUACUAUAAUAUAAUUUCCAACAUGUAUACAAAAAUUAUAUACAAAUUUUAUAUACCUAGAAAGAAAAUGAAACAAAACAAAAAAAGAAAGAACAAAGAGAAAAAACAAAAACAAUUCCCCCUCCAAAAUCAUAUACAUACCAACACACUAGACUUCCUGUCUAUCCUGUUGUGUAUUCCUUUUUUACAGAUGAAUGUACUCUUAUUAUUGUAUAUUUCUUUACAUUUUAUCUAAUACAUUCCUAUAUCAAUAUGUGCUCUUAGUCUUAUUUCUCAACUCAUUCUCACUCCAGCGUCAAUCAAAUGCUAGCAUAGAUAGCGAACCUUUACUGUAUUUUUGAACAUAUGUUUUAUAUCUAUCCCACUUUUCCAUAAAUUUUUGUUUUGAAUUGCUUCUCAGGGUAUUUGUUAACUGUGCCAUUUCAGCAAAUUCUUGUAGCUUGUAAUGCCAGUCUGUUAUUGUCAGGGCUUCUUGUUCCUUCCACCCCUUUGCCACCAAAGUCCGAGCUUCUCUUCUUAUGCUUGCCAGGUUGCAUUGGGACUUUCAGACGAGGCCGCUGACAUCAUGAGUGACUCAGGAAGCCUCGGCAGUGACCGCUCCAAGCCCAGUGCCAGAGCCAUUUAUGAGCAGAGGAAGAAGUAUUCCAGCAUUAUCAUGGCAGACGUCUCACAGUAUGCCGUCAAUCACUUGGUGACCUUCUCCAUCGGGGACGAGGAUGACUUGGCAACCGUGGAGGAUGCCACCAGGAAACUGUCCGUCAUGGAUGCCCAAGGGAAGAUCUGGGUUCAGGAGAUGUUGCUUCAGGUCAACGGGUCGGCCAUCAAGCUCUUUGACAUAGACUCAAAGGAGGAGCUAGAGAACUACGGACUAGCAGCUGUGGCUCGUUGUGAAGCCGUUCGACCUGAGUCUCGAUCCCAGUCGCUGCUUCUGCUUGUGUGCCAGGAACCCCACCAGCUCAAACCAGAUGUCCACUUCUUUGAAUGUGACCAUGUAGGGGCAGAAUUGAUCCAGCAGGACAUUAAUGGAGCUCUGUUGGACUUCAAGUCCGGUGGAAAUGCUCAACGGAAGGAGGCUCUCAGAGCUACCCAGAAUUGGCUUGGCAGCCAGACCAACAAGGCUCCGGAGACCCUGCCUCAGUCUCCUAAACAGGUGCCCUCCAGGACAACGAUUAUCGUGCCAGAGCAAAAGGAGAAUGAUAUCUCAGCAGCUGAAUCUGACCUGGCCUUUGUUCAGUCUGAGCAAAAUGUGGAGCUGCUGAACCAUGUUUUUGACGACGUGGAAGCCUUCAUAGGGAAGCUGCAGAAAUCGGCCGAAGCUUUCCGUGUCCUGGAUCAACGCAAGCGCUCCGCAAAGAGCCGUCGCCGGGGACCAGGCGAGGGACUCCUGACAAUCCGAUCCCGGCCUCCUCCCCAAGAGGAGUUUGAAGAUGCUCUGGCAAAGAUGAAAUAUUCCUUCAGCCUUCUGGCAAGGCUGAAAUCGAACAUUGCAAACCCUACCUCAGAGGAGCUCAUACAUUUUCUCUUCAACCCGUUGAAGCUGGUUGUGGAGUCUUCAGGGGGACCAGCGUUUGCUUCUGAGCUGCGCAGCCCCAUGCUGACCCUGGAAGCAGUGACCCUGAUGCGAGGCUGCUUGGGAGACCAGGAGACGGAACUGUGGUAUUCACUGGGCGAAAACUGGACCAGGCCAAGAGUGGACUUCCCCCGGGGCUACGCAGAUCCCUACAACCCAACUUUCCGGAGUGGCUGGGAGACGCCACGCCUAGACGCUUCUGGCCAGCCUUGGGAAGACCCAGUGGAGAUGCAACACCGACACGAAGAACGUCGUGCCCAACAAUCAGCUCCCACAAUUGCAGCCAAUGGACAUAAACACCCAGAAAGCAAGUCUGUGAUCUCCACCCAUAACUUCACAGCCAGAAACAACAACGAACUCUCAGUACUUCAUGGAGAAAUGUUGCAGGUCCUGGAUGACAGCAAGAAGUGGUGGAAAGUUCAGAACCACUACGGUCAGGUUGGCUACGUCCCUUAUAAUAUUCUUGCCCCAGUUCUAAACCACAACAGCGCUCCUCAGGUCAACGGAACCAGCCCAGCGAUAUCCAAGAAAAGUCCACCUCAGCCGCCACCCAAGACCAAAAGUCUGUACACAAAUGGCAGAAAUUGGGCCAGCACAGAGGCACUUAACAUGGACCUGAGUGAGCGAGAGCGCUUCAACACGGUGAAUGAGGAGCUCGCCCUGAGGCUGGCCAAUGGGACAACUAGCCAUAGCAGGAACCUUCACAUCCAGCGUGCUGCAGACACCAACCUGCCUCUAGGAUACGAUUCAGACCCUGCUCAAGUUCGGACCUGGCUGGAGGCCAAAGGAUUCAGCCCACUGACAGUAAGUGCCCUGGGGGUCCUAAACGGAGCUCAGCUUUUCUCCCUGAAGAAGGAUGAGUUCAGAGCUGUCAGCCCAGAGGAAGGAGUUCGAGUCUACAGCCAGGUCACAGUCCAGAGAGCCCUACUGGAGGAUUCUGGGAAAGUAUCAGAGCUAGAGGCUGUGAUGGCGAAACAGAAAAGGAAACUGGAGGGUUUGAAUCUGUAGAUGGGAGAUCGCCCCGUUUGGUGUGGGAGUGCCCCCUGUUGAAGCAUUGAGGAACUGCAUGGUAACAGGCUCUGAAGCCACACCAACAUCCCAAACUCCCCACAUCACUCAAGAUCUGCAUUCUACAGCAGCGUUUGUUUUGAGCUAAACUUGUUGUUGUUGAGCAUAUGUUCCUGUAAAGCAAAUUACCGCCUUCAAAUCAUAUCCCAGAUUUUCUCUCCAACUCCCUUUUGAAAUAGUCAUCAGAAGAAACCUCUCUUCUCUCAGUCAGUAGAACAUCAGACUCUUAAUUGUAGGAUCGUGGGUUCGAGCCCCACGUUGGGCAAAAGAUUCCUGUACUGCAGGGGGUUGGACUAGAUGACCCUUGUGGUCCCUUCCAAUUCUACAAUUUACCCAGCCCACACGCCUUCCCUCCCCAAAUGCGGGGGGAAAUGGAAUAGCAGCAACUCUUCCUCAUGAUAACAGAGAACAUUCAUGCCGCAUUCAUCUUAUCUCCUUUCAUACAAAAUGAAAUAAUGUUUACCUUUUACAGAAGGUAAUGGACCUAGGUCUGGCUCACUAGGAAAACUGGAUUGAAUUAUUAUCAUUAAUUAAAUUUUACAAGCUUUGCAACAGAUCUCCAUGGAAAUUCCACUCGUCAAAUCAACCAUUCUUCCAUUUCUGUGCAUUCCUGUUGUUUGCUAUCUCUUUCUCCCCACCUGUCCCUGAAUUUUUCAGUUAAAUCUAGGCCUGGAUAUUGCCGUAUGCAUUAUUUGUUUUGCAGUUGCACUGCAUCAUUAUCCUUGCAGCUAUAAAUCUGCAUUUUUACACACUGCACCAUAGUGGUUGUAGUCAAAACUUUUGUCUCCACUUUCCAUCAGGGUGAGUUGCCAACUCAUGAGUAUUUUUCAGCAAGAAAUCUUCUGUUGCCAGGAUUUAUCCAUCUAUCUUUACUUGAACAAGAGAAUAGCUCGGCUGAAAUGUUUUAAGUAUCUCAGGAAUGUUUCCUCCUUCAGGAGAGACAUGGGAAGCUAUGGAACAAGCUUUUCUACAAGAUCACCCUUAAAGGAUUUUUCCUACUGACAAACUCACACUUUCAUUCCAUGGAGUUAAUGUAAGCUGACAUUGGGCACUACCACCUCCUGUCACCAGAUGGCAGUCUCUAUUUGAGGCAAACCAAGCCUUGCCCUUCACAAACUGUAUUUGGAAAACGUCAUUUCCCCCACUUUCAUUGUGUACAUAAAAGUUUUGCCAGGUUUUAACAACUUGGCCCUUUCAUCUCUAGUUGUAUCUUUUGGGGGGGGGAUUGAAUCAGAUCAGCUACUUUCAAGGAGUCUUGUGCAAGAGAAUAUGAUAUUCUGUGUAUAUGUAUAUAUAUAGUCAAAGCUUGAUGAUUUAUUUGGAAAUGAGUUAUGCUGAAUUUCCAUUGUGGUGGACUGGAAGGAGAGGAGUUUGGCAAUACUAUAACCAGAUCCCCCCCCCCGACAGUUUUCACACUUGUUAAAUAAUUUGUUGAAGAACACAAUGAUUUCGACUGCUUUAGAACUGUUUCCAUUCAAACUUCCUCUGUUUUAAGUGUCCCUUUGCAAGCAGCUCUGCUCAAAUGGUUUACCCUUGGUGUGUGUCUUUUAAAAUUAACAUGUUGAAGAAAUUUUGGCCAAAUAGCUCAAAGCUGUUCCACCC